GUAAUCUAUAAAAGUAAUAAAUAUUAUUUAAAAAAACAAACAAAUGCCUCAUAACAGUCCUCUAUUUUUCAUGACUUGAUUUUGCAAAAAUCUUAAAAUAAGUCACUUUUUUCUUUUUUCUUUAAAAAAAGUACAGUGGUACCUCAGGUUAAGAACUUAUUUCAUUCUAGAGGUCCGUUCUUAACCUGAAACUGUUCUUAACCUUUAGCUAAUGGGGCCUCCCACUGCCGCCGCCCCGCCACCGCGUGAUUUCUGUUCUCAUCCUGAAACAAAGUUCUUAACCCAAGGUACUAUUUCUGGGUUAGUGGAGCCUGUAACCUGAAGCGUCUGUAACCCGAGGUACCACUGUAACCAAAAGUGACUUACAGAGAAAGAACAAAUAUUAAAACCAAAGUAAAACUAAGACAGAGUAAAAUAUAAAAACAAAUUCAGAUUUACAAUUAGGCAGGACUCAAGACAUCCCAUCCACUGAAGCAGGCCACAGAAGAUUAAAGGUUGGUGAAAAAGAAAUGUUUUUGCCUGGCCCCUAAAGGUAGAUAAUGAGGUUGCCAGGUAUGCCUCCCUGGGAAGAGUGCUCCAUAAGUGAAGAGCCAUCACUAAGGUGGUGUUUACUCAGGUCAACGCCCUAAGCAACUGCCUGAAGGAGGAGGAUGACCACAUGGUUCAUGUGGAGAGUGGUAGUCCUUGAGGUAUUGGGAUCUUGAGCAGCAUAAGGCUUUAAAGGUCAAAACCAAUACCUUGAAUUGAGCAUUGAAAUUCACUGGAAGCCGGUGCACUCACGCCAGAAUUAGUAUUAAUGUUUAGACUGCCUUGUUUCUGGUCAACAAUCUGGCGGACAAUUUCUGUACCAGCUGCAGUUUCCAAACCAUCUUCAAAGGUAGCUCCACAUAUGCUACAUUGAAGUAAUCUAACCUAGAGGUUACCAGAGCAUAGACAACAAAAGCUAAAUGACUGCAUACAUAUAUAACAUCCCUGUCAAGUUGCUACUAUUCCUAUUUUACAGAUACGGGUUUUAUUGUUAUUUCUUUGCCUAUAUAGCUUGAUCUGCAGCCCUUGGUAAGUGAUAAUUCUCUCCAUUAUGAAAAGCUUCAGCUGCUCAUUUCUGCAGAUCUUGCUGCAAUGUUACAGGCACAAAAGCAAGUCAGGCAUGCUUUUUCUUUUUCCUCCUGAACAGUUGGCAGUCCUAUUACUGAAUGGGAAACCAAGAUUGAGAGACAGUUACUAAGGCCAUACAACGAACCCUUGGAAAGGGAGAGGGGAAGACUUUCUGUCUAUCAGACAAACAUAAAUGACUGUUAUCAAGUGAGUGGGUGCAGGCAGGGUGCUUAUGGUGCCUGGUAAAGUCUCCCACUCCAACCCAGGCCUGCAAGUAUUAGGGCUACAUGAAAGGAAAGAAGCAGAGGGUCAAACUGGUAGAAGUCAUGGGUGACUUCAUGUUACCUAGCUACUUGUAUAUACAUUUUGAAUGAAUCACUUCACAUGUUUGAGGAUUACUAGUAAAACCCUUAAACUUUUUACGCGUAAAAGUUCUCUCAUAUAUCUUGUGAAUAUUUGGGGAUUUGUAUUAAGUUCUCUUGAACAGGGCCCGCACCCGUUUUUUAAAUAGGUAAUAUGAGCUAGCUGAUAGUGACAUUUUCUUCAGGUGACCUAAUGCAAUGGUACUUUUGGGAGGGUGAGAGAAUAAACAAAGAUAAGCAAAAUACACAAAAGUGUAUUUUGCAUAUACUGAAAUAGAAAACCAUGCCCUGCACUGAAGCACUGCAACACCUUUUGGUUCCAGGAAGCAAUGCUAUUUUAAGCAAAUAGCAAUAAUGCAAGCCAAACUUCAUAUAUCGACCAGAAACCUUCUUUGUAGGUCACUAUGCAGCAAAUUAAGCAUUUUAAAAACAUAUCUAUAUAACUGCUUCAUUACUUCUUCAUAUACAAAAGCAUAGUCUGAAACUAAUGGUAUCCCUGCCCCCAAUCCAUAAAAGACCACAUAGGAACAUCAUAAAUUUGUUGGUGAUAGAAUGUGGCACCUAUUUUAUCUGAAAAAUUAUAGAUUCCCCCCUCCCCACCUAUAUUUAGAGGAACAGAUUCAGUUCAGCACUGCAAAAUAGUAUCUUAAGAAAUACUGUAAAGGCUGGGCUUUGCUCUUCAUUUCAUGUGCAAACAAUGACAUGAAGAGGAAGGUGAUCUUUAACUUACAACAGAACAUUUGCACAUUAAUUCAAAUCCUCUGGCACCCUAAAGUGCCCUAUCCUAAACAUUCAUUUGAAAGCAGUGGAACUUGUUUACAAGUUACCCUGAUGAGCAGAGCAUAGGGGAUUCAAAAAGGUAACAUGUAAGUAAUACAUAAUUUUACUGGGAAGUGGGAGCAAAUACACUGAACAGCCAGUCUUCUUGUUGCCUGCUUGGGCGGGUGGGGGGUGGAUUUUGUCCUUUUUACAGGCUGAAGCAUCCCUGGAGAACCAAAACCCUGGCCUGGCCUAGCUUGUAGCUCUUCUCCACAGCAAGGGGGGGGGGGUACUUAUUAAAUGCCUUGAUGCUGGCAGGGAACCCAAACCACCUGCUGUGCUCCCGGCCUGUAAGGGGCACCUGCAGACUCCGCAGGAGGGGGGUGGUUCUGCGGUCAGGACCGCUCCAGGGCACCGGUUUCCGUGUCUGACAUGACACCCCCCCCCGUCGCCACAACUUCCCUCCCCUGGGAAUCAGCCUGGACCCCCGCAGGACCGUCCCAUGGGAGCAGGAAGGGAGCAGGGAGCAGGACAAGCCUCACAUCCUUAUUCUGAAACUGAGAAGAAUCUCCCAGAGGUCCAGGCACCCCCUCCAGCCAUGCCCCCCCAUGGAGGCCGGAGGGGCGGCAAGGCUUCGCUCUCCUCGUCCAACGAAGAGCCCGAGAGAAGCCGAAGCCGCGUCGCCUCGCUCCACCUGUUCAGUCCGGAUUCAAAAGCAGGAAGGCGAACCCGAGGACGAGGCCCCCGCUGCCAUCUGCCGCAACGCAGCGCCACUUCCCCCUCGCCGAGGAGGCUCCUCGGGGCGCCAAGCCCUCUCGGGUCCCCCCCCCGGCUCCCCUUCUGUGGGGAGACCCCGCCCCAGAGGGAGAGGGGCUCCGGGAGGAGGAGGAGGGAAGCCCGGGACCCGCCCGGGGGUCUCUCCGCCCGCGCACCCACCUUCCGCCGCUUCGCGCUCCUUGCCGCAGGCGACGCAGUUCGGCCGGCCGAGAAGCAGCCGCGGUGGCAGGACGGACUUGCGGCGGCCCAGGGCCUCCCUCCUUCUUUCUCUCGGCGCGUCUGCACGGCUGCCUCGUCCGUCGCGCCUCUGCGCCGCUUGGUCCCCGGCAACGCGGCUCCCUCUCGCUCGCCCGUUCUCUUCGAAAAGGGGCGGCGGCAGCAGCCGGGCAGCCGCGUCCGCCUCCUCCGGCGGCCAAGUCCCGAGCGGGGCUCCUCGGCGCCCGCCCUCCUUCUUUCCUCCGCUCUCUGCCGGGAGGCAAAGGCGGCCCGCCGGGCCCCGCUCUCUUCCCGCGAAGGGGCGCCGCCGGCUCGGGCCCCUCCGCCCGCCCGCCCGCCCGCCCGCCUUCCUCCGCCUCCCCUCGGCCCCUUCCCUCCUUCAGGCGCCCCUCCCUCCUGGCGGCUCCCCCUCCUCUCUCUCGGCAGCGCCCAGAGGCCGGCGGGCUCGGCUUCUGGCUGGCUCCCUUUAGCGGAGGUUUCGCCUUCCUUCCAGGCCGCACAUCCCUGAAGCCCCGCGCGAGGAGGAGAAGCAGGAGGACUCGGCGCUCGCCCAGGGACUUCCGCGGACUUCCGUCCUGGGGCGCCUGGAAAAGGCCUGAGGCGGCGGCAGGUGAGGCCAGGACUGCCCGGUCCGGCCGAGCGGGGAUUCGAACCCUGCUCUCUCGGGCGCUCUAACCACUGCACCGCAGGGCUGUCCAGACAGACAGACGGAACCAUCCUCCCCAGGCGGCCACAGAGGAACGUCGGAAGCUGCCUUAGAGCAGCGUGGGCAGGUGAGGUUGCAGAGCUCUGCCCCUGAGCGCUGCCCCUUCCCUCACUGGGGUUCAGGCAAGGGGUGGGGGGGACCUCAUUCUUCUGCAAUCAUGGCCUAGGGGCUGCUCCAGCCCCCAGAGCGGGCCCACGGAGUCCGGCUGGCGGAUGCCAGGCCCCCACGGUGUGCCGUUUUGUCCCCCCUCAGGGAUGACACCGGGGUGGAACGCACCCCCACACCUGCCUUCCUACGCCCCUGUGUGUGCUUUUUGCAUAAACAGCCAGUUGUGUGUGAACUUCUAGCCCAGCGUUUCUCCUUGUAUCUUUUCCCAGCCAUUAUCCCAACUGGAUGAACUGAACUCCUUAAAAUGCUGCUACAGCAAUCGUGGAAGAUGGACACUUCUCUAACGCCAUCUCAAGAAGCCCUGCUCCCACUUUCAGAAGACAGACGUCUGGGCUCACUGAAGUUAUGGAGGUGUAUACAAUUAUACAUAUUUAUACGUAUUGAGCUCUGGGCUGGAAAGCAGGAAGCAUUGUUGCUCUGGCGGAUCCGAAUAUGGAUCUGUGGCAGGAAUAGGUUUUUGCUCCAUGUGCAGGGUCCUGCUGCGAAGUGUAAGCUUAGUGCACCACAGGGAAUGGUAUUGGGGCAGGGAGCUUGACAUUUUUGAAAGAAUAAGACCUUUUAAAGGGAAUUGCACAAAAACAGACCUGAAGUUUGUUUGUUUGUUUGUUUGUUUACUGGGCUGUUCUUCUGUGUGAAAUAUUUUUAUCUGCAGCACUUGGGUUUGUGGGCAUAGCCAGGAUUUGGGGGGGAGGGCAGAACCUCAGUUAGUUAAGUAUUUUUAUGUAUUUACUUGAUUUAGGGGGGCAGAUGCCCCCCCCCCCUUGGCUACGCCCAUGGCUGGGUCUGUUGUGGGUGUUUUGGAAGGGGGGUGUCAGACCAACUCUCCAUUUCCAUAGUUUCACUUCUCUAGUUCUAGAGGGGAGUUUAUGGCCCCUUCUAAUGUGUGCAUAUAUGUGAGAAACAUUACAGUGAAAUGCAAAAUCUACAUGGAUCUUGAAGGACAAUUCCAAUUAUCAAUUGCUUGUGGAUCUUUUACACACCAAAAAGAAGGGGAGAUAUAUUUUCCGCAGCAUUGCAAGGAGCAAUAAAAUACCAUCAGUUUUGAUGGAUCACAAAGAUGGGGCUGAGGAACAAGAAGAUGAAGCAUCGUAUAGGAGUGGUAUUAAAGCGAUUAGAGCUGGACAAAUGCAAAGGGCUGCCCAACUAAGGGCCAAAUGACUUAUCUCUUCGGUAAGUGCAGUUUGUACACACUGUCAGCACUGGGAUUGGAGGGCACAUCUGGAUCAGGACACCAGCAUUGAGUAGGUGGGUUUUAACUCUUCACCCUUGCUGUGGGCUCAGUCCAGAUUAGAGACCUUGAACCUGCAGUUUGCAUUGGAAAAAUAAUACCCAUUUGCUUCAGUGGGAGCUUCAGAGCACACACACACACACACACACACACACCGCAUCUAAAUUGCAGGAAGAGGGUCCUUUAUCUAGACUGAGCAGGGGACAAAGAGUUAAAGUCCCCCACACUGGAAUCCUGAUCCAAACUGCUCCUCCUUAUGCCACACUUGGCAAUUUGUGUCAAGCAAACCAAACCAAAACCUUCACUCAAAAGAUGCAGUUUGGUGAUUUACAUAAUGUCUUGUUUGGCCCUGACUGUAGGGAAAAGGUAUGAGGACUAAGGAAAACCAGGCCUGGCAGGGCACUGUUUGCUGCUCACUGGUGGAUAAUUGCCAAAUCCUGCUCUGGGUUAAUUUUGUCCCCCUUUAGGCCUCAUGGCAGUACUCCUUUGCUUUCGUCUUUACUCUUGCAUACUUUCCCUACCUGUGGUGGUUUUCCCUUUCCCAUGAUGUUGUGAGGAAUGGAACUGUAUUUUCACAGAGCAGUAUGCCAGCUGUUUUCCAGCCUAUAGUUCAGCUGCACAAUUUUCUGGCAUAGUGCAACAAACCAUAGAAAAUAUAGUCUUCCCCCUUCCCCAAGAAGCUUUGGCUAAGUUGACUAAGUGAUAAAGAGUUAAUGGGUAAAAACACAGUCUUCAGCCUGAUUCUGGCAGUCCAUGAUCUGCUCCUAAACAACUAAGGCCACGUGCUGCCUCCCCUUUAGGAAGGCCUGUGGUGGCUGCAACUGCAAAUGCAAGCUAUGCCUUGGUAUGGAGGGAGAGCCAGUGGAUAGCCAAAUGACCCAUCAGUGGAGUUACUGUUUAAAACUCUUUGAAAAGAGUUAUAUUAAAAUUUGCUAAUUUCUUGUUUGCUCGUGCACAAACAAGCCUUCCAGCCCCACAAACAGCUUGCUUCAUCCAGGCAAGCAAGAGACGUGACUUCAGUUCAAGACAGUGACAGAUCCACACAUUUUGUCCUAGGGAGCAGAAGUCUGCCCCUUCUGCACUUUGGGGCAGCAGAGACACUGGUUGCGAUCUUUGAACUGUAGCUGUUGAGGUAUUUUGGGAUGGACCUUUGCCCUUGAGGAUGCUAUAUUUGUGGAGUGUCAAAAGAGAUACCAGGAUGGGGAUGGAGGCAGCCAAGAACUGGGGAGAGGCAGCAGAAGAAAGUGCAUGCUAGAGAUGGACUCCUUUCUGCCGUUUACUUCAACACAUACAAACACAUCCCUCCCCUUGCACAGAAAGCCACCUAGGUCUGGGCCACAUUCCCUUCCUUCUCCGAGUUCUCCAUUGCAUACCGCAAAGGUUAAGUUUUGAGGUGAAACCAGCAACACAAGGAGUAUCAGAUCUGAAAUAGGAAAAUGGAGGGACAGAGACCUAAAAAAUGGGCAACAUGGUCCUACCCACCACGAAAGAGCAGCCCCUUUGUACGGGUAGGAUAUUUGCUGGGGGUGGACAGAGUGUGGCUUCUCCAAUAGUUGGUAGAGUAAGCACCUGCAUUACAGCCAGCAAUCUCCAGGCACUCAAGCAAAAGGUAACAGGAGAUGAAUGGAAAGAUGGACGAGAGAAACCAGGUAGGAGCUCCAGGCAUUGUGUCAAGCUUCUCCAGCCAAAGGAGCCUCCCUUGUGUUGGUUGCCUGCUUUGCCCAUUGUUGGGCUCCACCUGCCCCACCAACACCAAUCCCUUUAAAGUUGCCACUAAUGGAAACAUGGGCGUUGGAUAGGGCCUAAACCUGGAAGCUUUUGGACUGAGAAUGCUUUGUUCCCUGUCAUUUACCUUUAACUAGUUUUAUAAGUUAGGAAGGAACAAAAGCACCUGAUUAUUAUUAUUAAUUAUUUAGCACAUUGUUUUUUAUUAAUAGUAGCCAUGUAAGAUUGUCUUCCAUAAACACGGUUUUAACAAUGAGUCUGUAAGUGACCGUGGAGGCCAAUUCUGGAUCCACACGUCCUUCCACAGUGGGGACAUUGGUUCCCGGGUGGGAGUUGAUCACGGUGUGGAUUUGCCAAGCAUGCCUUUCUCUUAGCAUGUUUCUCCCUUGCGUUCUGAGUUUGACUGUCUUCAUAGUCCAUGACACCUUUGGUAAAAAGGCUGUUCUCCAACUGGAGAGCUCACAGGCCAGUGUUUCCCAGUUGUCGGUGUUUAUACUACAUUUUUUUAGAUUUGCCUUGAGACAGUCUUUAAACCUCUUUUGUUGACCACCAGCAUUACACUUUCCAUUUUUAAGUUCGGAGUAGAGUAGUUACUUAGGAAGACAAUCAUCAAGCAUCCGCACAACAUGACCAGUCCAACGAAGUUUAUGUUGAAGAAUCAUUGCUUCAACACUGGUGAUCUUUGCUUCAUCCAGUACACUGUCUGGAUCCAGUUCUGUCUUCCCAAGUGAUGUGGAAGAUUUUUCAGAGACACCAUUGAUGGAAUCUUUCAAGAAGUUGGAGAUGGCGUUUGUAAGUGGUCCAUGUUUCACAAGCAUACGGUAAGGUUGGUAGUACAAUAGUUUUGUAAACAAGCAUUUUGGUUUCCCUGCCAAUGUCCUCAAACACUCUGUACUUCAAUCGGGAGAAAGCCGCACUUGCAGAGCUCAGGUGAUGCUGAAUUUUGGCAUCAAUGUUGACCCUUGUAGAAAGAUAACUGCCUAGGUAGGAGAAGUGAUCAACAUUUUCCAAUGUUACACCAUUGAGUUGGAUUUGUGGCACUGCAGAGGGGUUAUUUUGUACUUGUUGGUGCAACACUUUGGUUUUUUGGAUGUUGAGCAACAAGCCAAGCUUUUCGUAAGCUUCUGUGAAUAUAUUUAGGAUGGUUUGGAGGUCAUCCGCUGAGCAUGCACACACUACAUUGUCUACCAAACCAAUAACCCUCCUAUCACAAACAUAUUUAAAAGGACAUGAAAUGUUAAUCAGCCCAAGGCACCUAAAGAUAUAUAAUGAAGGCAUAUGAUACAUUGAAUUGUAUAUGCAAAUGAACAGUUUUAUAUUUUCUUAUGGUACUCGUGUGUCCAGUCUUGAGGAAAAUCAACCAGGAAAUUCUACAUUCACUCAACAAAACUUCCCUAUGGACCAUGCUUUUGGUGAUUUCUUGCUUUGGAGUGAUAUAUUAAGAAAUAGGAGUAGCAAGUAUGACUUAUUGUAGCACCAACUAUAAACAGAGCAUUCUUAUGUCACACUUGCCAAUUCCUGCUCUUGUUUUCUGGAAUAAUAAUAUCCAAAUUUCCAUCUCUGCCAUAUUAAGCAGUUGGUACCUUACCUUUCUCGCCCUGAUCUGACCACAGUGAUCCAUGUGACGGUCACCUCCAGGCUUAAUUAUUGUAACUUGCUCUAUGCAGGGCUGGCCUUGAAGCUGACCCAGAAAUUCCAGAAUGCCGCAGUGAGGCUCCUUUGGGGUCCUUGCCGCGGGAUCACAUUCAUCCAGUGCUUUACCAACUGCACUGGCUCCCGGUGGAGUACAGGGUCAGGUUUAAGGUGCUGGUUUUGACCUUUAAAGCCCUAUGCAGCCUAGGACCCUCAUACCUACGGGACUACCUCUCCUGGUAUGCCCCACAGAGGACCUUAAGGUCCACAAAUGACAACAUUUUGGAGGUCGCAAGGUGGUUAGAUUGGUCUCAACUAGGGCCAGGACCUUUUCAGUAGUGGCCCCGACUUGGUGGAACGCUCUGUCACAAGAGACUAGGGCCCUGUGGGACUUGACAUCUUUCCGCAGGGCCUGCAAGACACAGCUGUUCCACCUGGCCUUUGGUUUGGACUCAGUCUGACGCUUAUGUUUCCCUCCCCUUAUGGUUUUGAUCUAUGGGCUAUUUUUAAAAUGAGGCUGCAUUUUAAAUUGCAUUUUAACCUGUAUUUUAAAUUGGGGUUUUUUUUCCUAUUAUGUUUUUACUGUAAUUUUACUGGUGCCUGGCUCUGGCCAGGGAGGGCGGGGUAUAAAUAAAAUUUAUUACUAUAAUUAAAAGCAAUGAAACAGCAGGUUCUUACUAACGUAAGUAUGUGUUUGGAUUUAAAUACCUUAUCCACUCCUUGAGACAGCUCAAGAAGCUUGCAUAAAAACAGCUUUCACAAGGGUGUGUGUUGUUUAGUAAUUACUAAUAGUGAUCAGACUCUAGUAGGCAUAAUAAGCUCUACUCAAUAGGGUUGUGCUUCUUAUCAUAAUUGGACUUUGUACUUGCUGUCACAGAGCUGAGGCAAAACAAUUAAAGAUAAAUGUCACUGGAGGUUCAAGACUGAAUACAAAUUGUUCUUUCUGGCUUAGGUUUAAUAGCUGAUGUCCUUGUUUUACCCAGUUUGACCCCUGCUUGGUAUAAAUCAAUGGACCACUUUCCUGCUGUGCAUUUUUACAAGGUGUAAAUAUAACGCUACACAAGCAAAACAUACAACUUUACAGGUCAACUCCUACUUUCUCUCCAGUUCUCUACACUGUUUUCUAAUCAACGCAAGUCUCUUGUUACAUUCGUCCUUAGAAAACAACAGCCUUAUUUUAAGAUGCUGAGGCACAUGCCCAAGGCCUUGAAAACAUUUAUGUCUGUCAUUCCGUUAGACUACAAAGGCUGUUUGAAAAUUUAGCCAGGAAACCUACGGCUGCAAUCAGUAGCCUACUUUCUCUGGAGCAGAGCCACUUACUUUGAUGGGACUUCUUCAGAAAGAAUGUCAUGCGGACUAUAACAAAAACUGCUUUUAACACUCUUGCUUAUUCUAGGAAUAUAUAUAAAGAAGAUUCUCGUCAUCUCUGGACUUUAACUGGCAAGCUCUGAUUUCUGUGUUAAUUACAAACUUUUGCAAGGUACAAAGUAAACGUGCCACUUUUUGCUCUACCAACUUGCCUCUGGCUCCAGCCACUUCUGGCAUGUAGCCCCUGAGAGGCUCAGUAUAAGGGAAUGUGGCCCCAAGACCUUAGGGCCUCCUGUUUUUAGGCCCUCAAUUUCCCAGCUUGUUCACAGAGCUCACUGGGUGACCUUGGGCUGCUCUCCCCAGCAGAAAGGUGUGUGCGUGUGCACGUGUGUGAAGAGGUGAGUAUGGUGAAUUAUUUCUGCUUGAAGACUUCAUCUUUGAUUUGUUAAUUUCAGAUAAUUGCUUGGAUCCUAACUAACCCCCCAUGAACAGAGGUGCUCCUUCUGCUCGUGGAAGAAACUGGAAUCCAGCUGGAGUGCAGAAGUGAGGCAGCAUUUUCCUUUUUUUUUUUUAAAGCAAUUUAUUGGGUUUUACAAUAAAAAUAAACAUAUUAAACAAUAUAACCUUUGUCUUGACAUAAUUUCACAUUUUCUUUGGACUUCCUCACAUCUCCCACUCCCACUUUCAUCGUUAUAACAUUUUGUCAGCAAUUUAUCAUCUUAUUUAAAUUCUUAUAUCGCUUCUAUAUUUCAUAACCUUAUAAUUUUCAAAGGGAAUUAAAUUUUCACAGUCUUACUUAUUUUCAUAGAAAACUUCUAAAUUUAGUGGUGCUCAGUUAUUUUGGUCUAGCAUCUUACUUAGCAUUCACUCAAAUUGCAAUAUUUUUGUAAAUAGUUCUUGAAUUUCUUCCAAUCCUCCUCAAUCCUUUCUUCUCCCAGGUCACGGAUUCUGCCGGUCAUUUCAGCCAGUUCCAUGUAGUCUAUCAGUUGCAUCUGCCAUUCUUCCAGUGUGGGUAGAUCUUGGGUUUUCCAAUGUUUUGCAAGAAGUAUCCUUGCUGCUGUUGUUGUGAGGCAGCAUUUUCCACUGACCUCCCAUUCCCCUUGCAACCCCCUGCACCACUUCAAGGGGCAGCAAGGGGAAGAGAACAGCGAACGUCACCUUUCCCCUUCCCUCCUUAUGCCCUUUGGGAUGGUGAUUACAUGGGGAGCGCCCUUCAAAUGCUACAGCAGCAGCACAAGAUGAAAUGAUGGCCAUGUGGUUCCCAUGGAGCUAUGAAGUGUACCUGGGUCUCCCUGCAGAUGAGCAGGACCUAUACAUAGAAACUUUAUUUGCAUUAGCCACUAGCCAUAGCAAUAAAAUAAAAUGAACAGGUCCUAUGGAAGCAAGGGGAAUGAGAUUCCAGUUGCAAAUGGUGGCCUGCAAGAGUCUUUUAAAAGAUCUAUCUGGGCACUGUCUGGAGCCUUUGCCUAUUCUGAUUGGUAGUCAAAAUUCCUGACCAUUCCAAAUAGUUUCUAACUCUAGAAGUAUUCUAGAGUUGGAAGAAGCAUAAAAGCCACCAAGCCCAACCAUCUCCCUUAAGACUGAGGCAUCUACUUAUUUGUGCCCCCACAGCCCUCCACCCGCCUGCCAUCUGGACGCCCAUAUGCCACUUAAGGAAGCUUCAUUCCAAUAAGGUCUUAGACCAGUUAAGUGCUUAUGGGCAAAUAAGUUCCAGUGGCUUAGAUGGGUGAGACAACUUUCAGGUGAGGUGGGGAAGGGGAAGUGUUGGCUCCUCGUUCCAGUAUCAGCUGUUCCCCAACACCCCUGAAUCAGAUGUCAGGCCAAAAUAAAAAGCUUCAAAUAAUUUCCUCAUGGUGACUUAGGUGGUUGAGUGCUGACAAGAUCAGAGCCCAAACAGGGCAGCUUAAAAAUAAAAAGGGGUGUGUGUAUGUAUCAGCAUUCUCGGUUGAAUCCUGAGCUAUGCAGAAGUACAAAGCAAAAGGGUCACUUCCGUCAAAACCAGCCCAAUGGCAAUUAAACAUGCCCAGUUGCUUCCAGGAACCAUGCAAUACUGAGUACCAUAUUGGUCCGAAUAUAAGACACACCCGCAAAUAAGCCACACCUUUAAAUUUCAAGGCUUAUUUGCGGGUGCGGCCUGCCUCCCGGCACUCCCUCCCCAAGCUGCCAAGCGGGACACCAAGCGGCAGCCGCCCCCGUCCCCCGUUCAGGGCGGUCAUGCCGGGAGGCGGGCGCACAGCGCUCGGUUCCAAAUAUAAGAUGCACGUCAACUUUUCAAAUUUGGGGGAAAGUGCGGCUUAUAUUCGGGCCAAUAUGGUAUUAGUUGGAAACAAAAAAAUGAAAACCGGAGAGGCAGGAGAGUGCACUGGCCUAUUUGAUCCCUUUUACAGUUGAUCCUGGAGGAGGAAAAGAGCAAGGAUGGCUGGUGGACUUGCAGGAAUCUAGAGUAGGAAUACUCUUCUUAGGGUGUGAGGAAGAUACAUUGCAACACUUUGUUGUAGGACCUACUAAUCCUAUAAAAGCUGAUUACAAUGCUGCAAAGCACAAAGGAUUAGUUACAAAUGAAAUUAACAAUACUUGUUCAUGAAAAAAAGCAUUCUGAAUAAAUCUUAAAGUAAUAAUUAAAAGAUGACAAAAAGAAAACAUGCCAAUUUAACCAUGUGUUUAAUGGCUAAAAUGCCAAAUUACAGCCCUCUGUGUUAUAACAUCCCACACUGCCAGAAUUUUCUUCAAUUCUCAGUAUAAAUUUUUGUGGGGAGAAUGGCUGUGGGGAGGGAUAAUGAUUGAAAAUCAAGCAUCCUGCCUGAAGACCUUCCCCUAGCACAAAACUGCCAUUGGCUACCUGCACCAAAACGACUACCCCAAAAUAAAGAAUAAGGCUGCACUCCUAACCAGGGGUGGCUGAACAUGCCAAUUUCAGUUUUGCUCAGUUUCUCAUUUUUCCACUCUUGAGUUUAGUUCUCCACAUUUCUAUAUUGGUUUGUGAAUUUUUUUAAAAGUCCACAUUAAUAUUCAUCAGCAUUUUGCUGUGAAUUUGUCAUCAUAUACAAAUUUAUGUAUGUAAAUUUAGCUAUUAUAUAUGUUUGCAUGCACACUUUACCUUAGUAUAUGGUUUUUUGUGUACAUUACCCGGCUGGAGAACUGCACUGCAACAUUCAGAAAACUGCACAUUUUGAAUGGCUCCAUUUCUGUUCUCAUAUCAUUUCAGAAUGUGUGAAUUCUGUAGGUUGAGGUUUACCUUUAAAUGCAAACUGAAUCAAUUUCCCCCAACCCUACUCCUAACCUCACAUAUUUGUGAAUAACUCAAUAGGAUUUACUUCUGAGUAGACACAAUUAGGGUUGCCCUAUAAGUCUUGUCUUCUUCCAGUCUCUUAAUGGCCAGGUGUAUAACUGAGCAUUGAUGUCUUUAGCAUGAGUCAUCCUUUUUGCUUCACACCUAGUGUUUAAUAAGGUAAAGCUGGUAUCAGUCUAGCUAAAAGAUGCUGGUCUAUUAUCCUUUAGCUGAUGACAUCUGAAACAGUUUCUCUUCUGUGUGAGAGCAGUUUUUACCUUCUGCAGGCGUUAUUAUAAUGCCAUGCUAGUUUUUGCCUUAGCAUCAGUUUGGGAAGACAUAUGCCUCUCAUUCAUAGCAAGGGCAAUACUAGCUAAGAAGGACAAAAAACUGAAAGGGGAAUAGGCCUUCCCACUUUCAAAUAUGGCCAUCAGUUUCAAAAUCUUAUGCAGAGGUCAGGGUAUUCCUUAUUGGUGAGAAGUUUAAGAACUUUGGAUCCCUGAUUAAGCAAUGUCUAAAACUUAUUAAAUAAGUAGAUAAAAAUACUCUCUGAGGUUCUUGCUGGCCAUCUUCAUGUGCCUUUUCCCUCCACAUACUGACUCAACAGUAAUGAUAGCUGUAAUAAAACAUCGCCUAAUUUAAACAGGCGGAUAUCUAUGCAGAGAUAUAUGGAGUCAGACCAGGUAAUACAUUUGUUUUCCCAGUUUCUUUAGCAAGUAUGACACGAAUCUGCCAUUGAAAUCAAUGUGUGUAUCUGAAGACGUGUGGAUGCACACGAAAGCUCAUACCAAUAACAAACUUAGUUGGUCUCUAAUGUGUUACUGGAAGGAAUUUUUUUAUAUUGAAAUCAAUGUCAUUGUGGCCAUAAGGAUUGACAUAUAAGGUUGCAAUGUUCUGUUUCCUUACUUGUGAGUAAGUGCUAACUAGCAGCUUCAGUGAAACUCACCAGUAAAGGUGAUCUGGGAUACAUAUCUAUGUUUCUAGGCCACAUGGGACAGGGCACAGAGUGUAACCUGAGUGAUUAAUCUCUCUUCCUUCUGGUAGAUCUUUAGAAGGCAAGUAAAAAUGAUUCUCUUUUGGAGAGCUUUUAUUUAAUUAUUAUCUCUGUAGUUUUAAGUUGGGAAAGUGGUUUUAGAAUUCUUGCCUCAUUUUAAUUAUAUUUUUAUUUUAUUGUUAUGACUGUUCAAAUUAUAUGUACAUUGGUUUUAUUGUUUAAAAUAUUUGUUCUGAGCUAUUUGGAGAGUUAACCCAAUUUUGCCCUAUUUCAAACAAGUACAAACUGUGGACUCAUUUUUUUCAGGAAGUAAAUUCAAGAAGCAGGUGGUUUUGUUUGUGUUGGAGCAUCCAUCUCCAGUAAUGCUUUAUGGGCAGAGAUGUUUUUGGUAUCAGAAUAGAAAUAAUGAGAGAAGAAUUAUGAUUCUCUUAUCAGGCUGUAUUUGCCUUCAGUGAUACUUCCUGCUAAUUCUAUAGCCCAAGUUAAUUCUAACAUUUCUUGGAAAACGCACAGGGUGUUAAAUGAAUCUUAUGUGAUAUAUUUUCUGCCAUCAAUUUUUAAAGAACAUUUCUGUUUAUGAGAAGGCUAAGAGUCCAUGUUUUAACCCACCUUGCCCCCUCAGUCUCUGCCCCCUGCCCCCUUCACAUUUCCUCUCCCAAUUUCAGAUCAGGACAGCCUUCCCUUCCCUGGAGGUUCCAAUCUGCCCAACUAGGCCCAGUUAGGACAAGAAUGGACCACAGACAGAGAACAGGUCUUUUCCAUCUGAAGACCACUAUCAUAUCUCCCCUUAAUCUUGUCUUUAGGCAAAAUAUACUCAGCUCUUUCUUUCUUUCUUUCUUUCUUUUAAAUAAUUUUUUAUUAGAUUUUCCACAAUGAUAACACAAACCACAAAGCAAAAUGUUACACUAAAACAGAAAAAAGAAAAAAAGGGAACAAUAAACAGAUAAACAAUAACAACAAACUUAAUUCUUCACAAAUCCAACCUUUUAAAUAUCUUGGUUGACUUCCUCAAAUCCCUCCCUUCUGAGUUUCCUUGUAAUUAAAAGUAACAGCUUUCCAAUAUCAUUAUUAAACUAAAACAAUUUCCAAUUAUAGUCCAUCUUAUUCACUUUUCUUAACAUUCUAAAACCCAUUUAAAUUAUUUAUUUAUUUAUUUAAUUAUAACUUAGUUUAAUUUAAUUUAUUUAAUUAAUUAUAACUUAGUUUAAUCCUUAGUUGCUUUCAAGUAAUUUCUAAUUUUUUAUAUUAUAAUAUUUAUUCAACAUACUCAGCUCUUUCAAUUAUUUUUUAUAGAACUGGGAUUCCUGACCGUUCACCAUCCUAGUUGCAGUUCUCUGAGCACACUCUGUUUUGUCAAUAUCCUUCUUAAAAUGUGGCACCCCAGACUGGACACUUUACUCCAGAUGUGGCAUUACCAGUCCAUCUGUACAGCAUCAUUGUCUUUGUAGCAGAACAUGAAUAUAAUACCUAGGCAUGCAAGUGCAACUUUACCAACAAAAAUCACAACCUGUUUCCUGAUGAGUGGUAUUAUUCUUUUGCUUAUUUGUUGUACAUCCCUUUUGUGUAAUGGUUUUCUUCCAGAAACCCAGUCUCACAUUGAUUAAAAACACGAUCAAAGUAUGACCCUGUUAUUAUAUUUUGCAGUAGCAAAUUUAGUGUCUUCUUUUUUUCUAAUUAGUCUAAGCUCAAUUUCUAGGGAGAAAGGAUUAGUACAAACACUCUCAUGCCAAAAUGGUAUUAUUAAAAACACAGGCAUCAAAGUAAUAUUUUUAAUAGUGCAGAUUAGAAGUUCUUUUAGGCCCUGUGGAUCAUUUUAAUUUCAUUUCAGUUUCAUAACCUUAGUCAAAAUGUAAUUGCUAGCUCAAGAGGGAUCUCAUUUGCCAUGCUCACAUAGUAACUGAACAUAAUGACUAAAUUUGCUCCUCAGAGUCACAUUGCAGGCUUUUCAUAUAAAAUAGACAAUUGCUGCCUCAUUGAAUUUUCAUCGCAAAUGUCAGUCUGCAGUGGAGAAUUGUGUCUGAGUAAUAGUCUUGUUUUUUUAAAAAAAUAAAACAAAUACAAUAGAAUCCACAUUAUUAGAAGCAAUAUUGAUAGUGGGUUGAUGUACCUGGGACCCAAGGCCUCAGACCUGGUAAUCUAAAACCCUAAUCUCAGACACAUUAAUCAGUGGCAAGGAAAAGACGAUCUGAAUUUAGCUGCUGACAAAAGACAACUGAGGGCAUUGCUUGCCCAAGAGGCACUGGGGUCAACAGUUGUUCUUAUGGUUUACCUACUGAAGUUGCUAGAGAGCUGAUGGAGGGAAGGUCAUUCCAUACAUACUAUACAGCAGACAUGUCCAACACAUUUAUCACGAUCGACUGGUUGACCUGGGAAGAAUUUUGGUUGAUCACCGCUGCCAAGGCAUCACCCUCCCUCCCGAGCAGCCACUGCCUCAUCCCAAGCUCAUGUCACGGGAGGGGCUGUUUUGAUGCUGCUUGCACCCACCCACCCAGCACCCACCGCUGCCCCGCCCAGAGAUCAACAGGUGAAGGGCAGUAUUCAAAUUUAAUAAAAAAUAAAAUAAACCAAAGUAGGGGCGGGGUGGGUGGGGAAACACCCCACCCACUUCCAAAAGUUAAAGGCCACAGGCCUGGCAAGAGAGGAACAUUUUUGUUUGUCGUUUUGCUUGUAUGGAAAUUUUUUUUGUUCCAGUGAACGAAAUGCAGACCUAGGUAUCACACUAACCAGCCUCUGCCUCUUCCCCGCCAGAGAAGCCACCCUCCAGCUGCUGCCCGCCUCUGUCAUCAUCAGGAAGCCAGCCCACAAUGGCACCCAUCUGAGAGGUACCUGAACUGUAGGGGGAAAGCCCUGAUUAUAGUGACAUUUUAAAAAUAGCAAAAGAUAAACAAGGAAGAAAAGCUGACACCAGUCAAGAUAGGUCCACUGAUACAAGAAGCACAUGAAGAAAAGCAAGAAAGAAAUUAGAGGGCUGGAGGGAUUAAUCCUGCCCUCUCAUUAAGGGCUUCCCUUCACACAGUUCACGUAUACAGAAUUGUCAUUGACUUGAGUAGACAUGACCUGCUUCACGUGAUUUUGAGAUUCAGGUGAUGAUAUGGGAACUUAAGUGAGACUUCAGAUAAUCAUAGACCUUGCUCUCCUUUGGCAGGGAGAGGAACUGUACUAUUCCAGCAAGCUUCUGGAAACCUUGUCUAGAAUAUGGAACCAAGGAAAUUCUCAAGACUUCAGCAGGCUUCUAAAACUGUACAGCAGGGGUGAAAAAACAACUGGCUUUGUUUUACUAGAUCUACUUUGUUUUACUAGAACCUCAAGAUCCACUAGCCAGAGGCAUCCAGAGACAUCCAGUUAGAAUAGAAAAACAAAACAGGGUGCCUCUGAGCAUAUUCUGAGCCUUGAAAUUUGUUUUCAGUACCUGAACAUGAAAUCAAAGUACUUUUGCACAGAAAUUCAGCCUCUCUUAGCUUCCUUUAUUUCAGAAGCCUAAUUUUCAUGAGAAAAGUCAAUUUGUUGUUGCUAUUGUUAAGCAGUUAGAAGUCAGAAACUUAUGUCAAUCUAUGCAAAUCAUCCAGAAAUCUAACGAUAGAUCCCAAUCUAUCACCGCUGCUAGACAGGAAUGGCAAGAAAACAGAAGAAAAACAAACUUAGUUGUAUAAUUAUGUAGAAUACAGAGAAACAAGGAAACACACACUCCAUUAAAUCACAUGUAAUUACUGGCUUGUCCAAGUACAAUGCAAGUUUAGACAUAUGAUUAGAAAUAAAAUUAUGUUGCAAGUUCAUGAGUUCACACCUGAACAUCCUGUAGCCAUUCAUACUGUUAUAUCUAAUGAGCUUAUUAAAUAAUGGAGUGAUAUCUACUAUGCUGCGUAGUUCCUUGCUCAACAUGUGUUCUUUGUGAGUGACUUAUGGGUUCCACACAUGCAAGGCAAACCCAGGUUUGCCAUAAAGUCUACACUCAACAGCCAAUUUUAGCUCUCCGGUGAGUGUUGCAGUAUGAAACACAUGUUUGCAAAUACAUUUGUCACAUUCACAUUUUCAGGUUCGUUCAUAAAAUAUUUGAGGAGAAAACUUAGUCAUCUGAAAAUGCAAGAUGUGCAGAAAGGCUUCCCUUCUUAACCAGCCAAGAGUGGUUGUUGGGCCAGAAAAACCCUUAUACCACCCCUGGCAUAUUUUAAUAUCAAUGAAUUUUCCUACACAGAGUUUAUCUCCAUGGAGUAUAAGAAGUAAUAUAUAAGGCAGCUCCAAGAUGAAUAGCAUAUGCAGGGGAAAGACCCCUUGGCUCAUUCAUACACUGUGCUGUUGGAAAAUUGAAAAGAAAACAAGCCAACCUCCAUGGUGCAGACACACCCCUUCCUCCUGGCUUCACAGGUAUGCCCUGCAGGCCUUUGUCCAUCCUGCACUCUGCCCAGGUGCCUUUCAGUCCAGCAGGAUCACAGUAAAUUGUGCCUGUUAACUUAAACUGUCUUUCUUUCCUUAAACAGAGCUAUUUGCUCGCAAGCAGCAAAAAAUGACAUUUAUGAGUGGUGGUUGGUAGAUAACAAGGUAAGAUACCGCAAGGCAUCAUGCUGCACCAAAAAGUAGUAAAUGGAAUAAGAAGCAAAAAACAACAACCCAAAAAACUCUCGCCUGGGAGUGCAAUUGUCCUACAAUCGCUAUGACAGUUGUAAUUAAUGUGGCCUAUUUCUUGGAAUCUAAUUUGCAUCCAGAGUGAUAAUAAAGAGAUGCCGCUUUGAAAUGAGUUCUUAAGAACACUGGGAUAUACUUGGUCAUGCUAGUGCCUAGUCUGAUGCAACAGCACUAAGGCGAUUGUACUUUAAUGCUUGUGUGUCUC